AGCACUUUGACUGUUCUGCUGUCGUAUCGUCGCCGUCGACCAAUCACACUCCUGCAAACCCAGACACCGCCAAGAUCAGAUUGAGAGUCGCGCUGCUGUAGCAAGUGGCUAACUCACACAGAGGAGGCUAACGAGCAACUUGCUAGCCUGCGAAGUGCACCGGGGUCUGAAGAGUGAAGCUUAAAAGGGACAUUUUCUUUUCGGAUUGAAUCUCAACUCCUCCGGUCCCUUGGGAUCAUGGCAAAAGAUAUCGUCUUUCGUUCAUGUCCUAUGCAGGCUGGUUUGAUUGAAACAAACGGAGAGCUGAAGGUUUUCAUCGAUCAGAAUAUGAGCCCAAGCAAAGGUGUCCUAUCUUUGGUUACUGUCCAGCCCACAGCUGCCCCUGUGGCCAAACAGCUGCUACCCAAAACACUCGGGCCAUCCAACGUGAACAUCACGGCACACAUGCAACAUGUGCCACACAUGGUAAUUGGCACACCUCAGCGGCCCACGGUAUCAAACACCAUUUUGGUAAACAGUCCACAUACACCAAGUUCACAGUUCCUCACUCAGAGUCAACCAUCAGACGCCUCUCCAUGGUCAUCGGGUAAGCGUGGUAAGAAAGGAGAAAAGAAUGGGAAGGGCUUGAGGCAUUUCUCCAUGAAAGUGUGUGAGAAGGUGCAGAAGAAAGGAGUCACCACCUACAAUGAGGUUGCAGAUGAACUGGUGGCAGAAUUCAGCUCUGCAGAUAAUCAUAUGUCACCCAACGACUCGCACGUGUAUGACCAGAAGAACAUUCGGCGGCGUGUGUAUGAUGCACUCAAUGUGCUUAUGGCCAUGAACAUUAUCUCUAAAGAGAAGAAAGAAAUUAAGUGGAUUGGCCUUCCCACCAACUCGGCACAGGAGUGCCAAAACCUAGAGGUGGAAAGACAAAGGCGGCUGGAGAGGAUUAAGCAGAAACAAUCACAACUUCAGGAGCUCAUACUGCAGCAAAUAGCGUUUAAGAACCUGGUUCAACGGAACAGACAAACAGAGCAGCAGGCCAACAGACCUCCACCUCCCAACUCCAUCAUCCACCUUCCAUUUAUUAUUGUCAACACCAGCAAGAAAACUGUCAUUGACUGCAGCAUCUCCAACGACAAGUUUGAGUAUUUGUUCAACUUCGACAGCAUGUUUGAGAUCCAUGAUGACAUCGAGGUGCUGAAGCGAAUGGGCAUGGCCUGUGGUUUGGAGGUGGGAAAGUGUUCUCCAGAGGAUCUGAAGGUCGCACGAAACUUGGUGCCCAAAGCUCUGGAGCCCUACGUUAUAGAGAUGGCAAAGGGUCCCAUUAGUAAUGUCUACAUCACUGGAGGAUCCUCAGCGAAUGGAGCUCGUUACCCUGCAAGCAGUGAUGGCUGCACCGACGGCACUAUGGCCUCCAGCUCAAAUGACUCUCACUACAGCGGCUCUCGUGUGGAGACUCCAGUGUCGUACAUGGGGGAUGACGACGACGAGGAUGAGUACGACGAGAACGACGACGAAGACUAAUCCUGUCUUUAGACCGGCGCUCCAACAAGCACAGUCCCUCAAACCACCUUCACCGUGGGAAUCUAGUCCCCCUGUUUGUGUGCGCUUCUUCCACCUUUCCCCCUGCUCCCCAUGCCUGUAUUUCUGUCUGGCUUUUCAGGGGUGUAGAUGAAAUAUUGAACAGAGGUGUGUGUGCGUGUGUUUUCGUACCCAUCUUUUUUAAUCCUGUGCACAUGCACUACAGCUCUGGGGGUGGUGUCGUCCAAGGGAACUGUGGUCUGUGGCCCUGCCACCACACUGAAGUCUUUGUAUGUCUAAUCUACUUCUCAAUAAGCCAUCCCACUAAAAACAACCCUCUGUAAAAUCUACUGCUGUUGGAGAAUGUAAAAUGUACUUGUUGGAAUAUAUAUUCCUAUUAUGUUCCAAUUACAUAUAGCAGACAUGAUGAUCAAAAUGUUCCUCGAUGGCCAAAGUGUCUGCUUAGCGCUUGUUAGAGCAGCACCAUGGACUCUGAAUGGCCUGACACAGUUGCCAUGUCAUCUCAGGAUGGGGCUCCAUCGGAUGUGUCGAUACCUUUUUUUUGUUUUAUGUUCUGGGCAAUAAUUUGAAAUAGUUUCUUAUCCCCCAUUGUGUUGGGCCGACUUCCUUCUGUUCUAUAGGCAGCUGCUUUCCUGAUCUUGUUUGCUAGUUAUGUUUAUAUAUAUUUUUUGUAUCUCUGGAGUUGAUGAAUUCUCCAUCCCCACCCUGUUAACGCCUUGGUAGUGUUUACAAAAAUUAUGGCACCAGCAAGGUCAGAACUUUCAUAACCCAGGCUCCUGAUAGGUGAAUAAGCUUUGUUUGUUAAUUACGUACAUGAGUCCUACAACGAUUGUAGCUUAUAGUAUCCUUUAGAGGCCAGUGGUAAGAGAUAAAAAAAUAUUGAUGUAACAAAAUGUGUGGUUGUGUAGGUCUUGGUGUGUUUCUUCAAAGAUCUCUUUUAAAACUGAGCAACACAUGUACUGACUUCCAAAUACCUUUUCUGUAAUCUAAUAUAAGUUUGCAAAUUAAAUAUAGAUUGUUUUAAUAA